CAGCUGUCAAAAAGGCACACAUCAAAAGAAGUAAACACGUGCGAACACAUUGCUUCGUUAGUGAAAUUUAGAAUUCUGUAAAAAUGAAAAUUAAAUCGGAUAAAAAGAGUAAACCACCGAGCCACAAACUGGACUCGUUAGAAAAGUCUAGUGUAGUAAUCGGAAAAUCAAAAGAGAAGAAAAAGUCUUCUAAAAAGGUAACAACCGGGGUGCCGUUGUCGUUUGCCGAAAAGAAAGUGCUUGCGGUCAAAAAGAAGAAUAAAAAAGAAGUUCUGGAAGCAGUAGUGGCUCAACCUGUGGUCUCCAAGAUUAUUAAGAAGAAAAAAAAUAAAUCAUUGGAAAAACCUGACAAAUCGGAAACAGAGGAUAAACAGAAAGCAGCUUCUCUGUCAAAAAUAUCAGAUAAGGCAUCAGAUUCUAAGGUGAAAAAAGAAAAGAUUAAGACAAAGCAGAUUUCGCCAGAUAAACAAAGUACUGAACCCGUCGAUUUACCGAAGCUGCCAGAUGUUUUAAUUAGUAAGAAAACUAUCCAAUCUGCAUUGAAGGCUUGCAGGAAAGCGUUGGAUGCAGGAUUCGAGAAGAAGAAGAAUUUAUUUGGUGAGGAUUUGAAGUAUGGAUUACAAAUUGCUUCAGUUAAAAUUCCUAAUGUGCCAAGUCGAAAUUGUAGAAUUCAGUUACCACAUCCAAUCUACAAGAAAGGGGACGACAUAUGCCUGAUUGUGAAAGAUCUGGUUCGUGGCAAUAAGCAGGAUUAUGAACCCACGCUUCAUUACUGGCAGGAUAAGUUGCGCGAGCUGGGAAUUGAUUGUAUCACGAUGAUAAUUCCAUUUCAGCAGCUAAAGCAAGAUUACAGACAGUACGAAAUGAAAUUGAAACUGGUUCACCGAUUCGAUAGAUUUCUGGUUGAUGCUCGAAUUAACGGCCAUGUUUUUGGUUUCCUUGGAAACGGAUUUGUUCGGCGUUGCAAGAAUCCAACAGCAGUGGUGCUGGAAAAAGAUGAUUACAUCGAAAAAAAUAUUAACAAAGCUCUUGCAAAGUUAACUUACAAGCAAACCAACACAGGCAGAAUAACUGAAAUUCAAUUUGCCACACACAAAAUGCCAUUGAAGGAGGCCGUCGAGAACGCCGAAGCACUUGUCAAUAACCUGAAGUCGCAGUACCCUGGCGGAUGGCUGAACAUUCGAACGAUAUAUCUUAAACCUAUGGUGGACAUUGCUUUGACCUUCCCACUUUAUGUGAGCAACAUCGAUCCCAAUUCUGUACCGGUGCCGAAGAUUCCUGGACCACGAUCGCGCUACGAAGCAAAGAUGAACGAACAGUUGCAGCGCAGUACCAAGAAUAAGUACAAAUUCCAGUCGGGAGAUCUAGUUCGAGUUCAGUUUGACAAACGAAAGGCACAGUCUGAGAAAAAGGGAUCGAAAGCUGUGAAUAAAGUGAAUAAAAAGCAGAAGUCAGAUGACACCGUAUUAGAGGAGGACAAGUCAAGUGACGAUGAGCCACAGAAGCAAGCAAGCGACACAGAACAGAGUGAUCUUGGUGAUGAAGAUGACUGAACUUGCGAUUAGUACUCCUGGCUAGUUACUAGGAAUUCAAAAAAAAAAAAAACGUGAUAAAUGUUUUCU